AUGAUGAAUUUAUCUUAUAACUCCAAAAGCAAAGCAACUGUAAUCUUUGUUAGCAAUUCUACAAGAAAUAGUUCCUCCUCAUCUCGUUCAUCUUAUUCAUCAAGAACAACAGUUUUCUCUUUAUAA